AUGAUGAAUUGCCAAGAUGAAAAUUCUUAUCUUAUAAGCAAAGCGGUUCCCAUAGGAUAUCAGGACAAUGGAACAUUUGUCUUGAACAUUGAUGCACUGCAACACAGGAAAGAUUUGUACUCAGACGAGAAUGGGUCAUGGGUAAUGACAGGCUGCAAGGCCAAGUUUUAUACCAUCAUAAGAGACGAGGAGGGGAAAGUGGCUGAACUUGAAAAGGUCAACACUCAGGCAAGUUCGGAUGUUAUGGUGAGAAGAAGAACAUACACAUGUUCCUCGUACACGUCAUAUCACAAGACAAUAGUGUCAAUCGAAUUUGGCAAGGACAUAGAGAAAUGGUUUCCACUUGUGCUUCUUAGUUAUAACUUUGAUGGAGAGCCAUCAAAAUUUACAGUCAAGAAGCAUGGGAAUCGCACCUCUUCAAAUAUGCCUCAUAUCCGAUCGAAAGAGAGCACUAAGCAAAAAGUUGCAGAAAAAGCCAUGCAAUGCGGUCCUAAGAGAGCGCUGUAUUUUGCAAGAAAGGAAGCUGGUGGCAUCUGUGAGGUGGACAGCAUCAGUUCUAUCCCACGCAACUCGAAACAAGUCGAAUACCUAACUCGGAAACCAUCGGAAAAAGUGAAAAAAGACCCACUAGCAUCUGUUCUAGAACUACAGAAGACAACGUUUCCUGGUUUUAUCCGUGAAGUAGUCUGCAACGAUUUGCCUACGGUCAUGUUAUUCACUGAUCGACAGUUAGACAAUAUUGUGAAGUUUCGUUGUCACGACAGGGUAAACGAGGUCUCUGAACUUGGAGUUGAUGUGACAUUUCAACUCGGUCCAUUCUACGUGCUUAUAACAAGUUUUAAGAACACAGUUCUUUGA